AUGCAGCUCUCCAGGCUCGCCGUGGUGCUGCUCCUGGCAGCGGCACUGUGCAUCGCCCGUGCCAGCCGCGACCUGGACGACUCUUCCUCCAAUCGCCAGCUGCUGCAGACCCCCACCUCCGCUGACUGCGACCGCUCGGUCAAGCACUGCACUGCCUGCCGCUACCAAUUCUACCGCGGCACUGUGACAAAGGCCAUCUGCACAAAGUGCGACACCGGCUACGCCGUCAAGGCCAGCGGCCGCGCCUGCUACUGCGCGCCCGGCUACUACACCACCGAGAACACCGCCGUGAGCGGCCAGACCGGCUUCACCUGCAUCCCCUGCGACUACAACAACGUCUGCCCUGGCGCCAAGAUCACCGCCGAGUCCUCCACGGCCUUCGCGGCCUGCGGCGCCAACAAGAUCACCACCACCCAGUUUGCCAAGUCCGACCGCGAGUGCGUCGUGAAGCCUGGCUUUGGCUGGGGCUCCGGCGACACCUCAGCCGCCUGCGACGCCGGCUUCUACAACCCCGGCUACAACACGCGCAAGUGCACCAAGUGCCCAGGCGACCUGACUACCGCCGGCACCAACUCCAACUCGACCCAGGACUGCCAGGCGCCCAUUGGCUACUACUACCUGCGCGGCAAAGCUGUCGCCUGCGCCCGCGGCACCUACAAGAGCUUCGUGGGCAACCAGGACUGCUCCGAGUGCCCCAACGGCGUCACCACAGCCGCCGGCGAGGUCGGCAAGACAUCCUCGUCCGCCUGCACUGUGCUGCUGGCCGGCUACCAGUUUGCGUCCGCCCCCACCGUCGGCACCACCGACGCCACCGAGUGCGGCCAGGACUCGUACCGCACUGGCGAGGUCACCUUUGACGGGUCUACUGCCGUCACCUGCACGGGCUGCGGCAACAACCUGACCACCCUCGCAAACGUUACCAAGGCCACCAGCCCCGACGCGUGCCUGGCUCCCCCCGGCUACGGCUGGGCGCCUGGCGGCACCAACGGCGCCGGCGUUGCCACCCUGUGCCCGGCUGGCUCUUACAACCCCGGCUACAACAGGGAGCCCUGCGUCAAGUGCGGCAACGGCACCAUCACCACCGCCGCCGCGGGCUCCACCAGCGCCGACCAGUGCUACACGCCCGCCGGCCACGGCAACAGGCGCGACGCCGUCAGCGGCGUGCUGGAGGGCUACGUGUGCCCCAACAACACCUAUGGCCGCCCCAACAACACAUUUGGCCUGGUGGACGUCGAGUGCACUAAGUGCCAGGAGAACACCCACACCCUGCAGACAGGCUCCACGGCCGCCGCCCAGUGCCUCACCAAUGCGGGGUACGGCUACGACGACGGCUCUGUUAACCAGUGCUCGUACGGCUACUACAACCCCGGCGACAACCAGAACCCCUGCACCUACUGCGGCGACGGCUUCAACACCACCAACAGCGCCAACGCCACCGCGGGCGAAACCGGCUCCGACGCCGCCAGCGACUGCAAGCUCGACUUUGGCUACCACCUGUUCGGCUCCUCCGGCGCGAUCGAGCCCUGCCUGCGCGGCUUCUACAAGGGUUUCAUCGGCAACGGCUCCUGCAGCCAGUGCCCGGCGGGCACCUCCACCACCGCCACCAUGGCUGCCGUCGCCAAGACCGACUGCGAUGCGUGCCGCCCGGGCUUUGGCACCGGCACGGCCGACGGCAAGAUCGUCCUCGGCUCGCUUUCAAACACAUCUUGCAGCAUCUGCCCGUCGGGCACCUACAGUGCCGGCUUCACCCAGGGCGGCCAAAACUGCACCGCCUGCCCCACCACCCAGAACUUCACAGGCACCAUGGUGUCUCGCAAGGGCACCUGGACCCCCGAGGACUGCUUCGGGCAGUUUAUUACAAACCCUGACAACGAGCAGACCUUCCUGCCCUGGGACUACAUCUACCACGACAACGCCACCAUCCUGGCGCUGCAGAGCGGCCAGACCACCCUCUCAGCCUGCCAGACAAACUGCGGCCUCGACAGCACCUGCCAGUACAUGGUGUUCUACAAGACCGGCGGCCCCGACGGCGACGGCAUCAACAAGUGCUACUGGCGCACAACCGGCGCCGACAUCAGCGCCGCGCACAUCGUCGGCGACGGCACCGCGGCCUGGUGGGACAACCCCGAUGUCAGCGUCGUGCUGUUUGAGAUCAAGGAGGGCGCCUACGUGGCCUACCCCAAGCUCCUGGGAGAGACCAUUGGCACCACCGUCACCCUGGCCGGCUCCCCCUCCACCUCCGACUUCAAGGCCAUGCGCUCUGCCUGCGACAAGGACGCCGCCUGCGUCGGCCUCACCCACGACGUGGGCGGCGUGUGGCGCGCGUUUGCGGGCACCCUGCGUGAAGACACCAUUGGCAAGAUCCGCGUCGUCGGCACCGCCAUCAACUCGUGGGUUGCGGAGCCCACUGGCACUGAGGAGAACGAGGGCUGGUCCAGCGUGGCCCUGGUGGGCUAA